UUCACCAAGAAUUGAGUGUAAUUUCGGGGAAAGUUGACAUCAAAAGACAUAUUUCCUUGAUCUGUAAGUUGCUUCGAAUAUCAAAAACAUGCCAAGAAAAUUAUUAAAAUUCCUUAUAGUCUUUGACAACACGUCGUUACUAUAUUUCCCUGGGCAGUUUCUUUCUGGGAAAGUGUUGAUGGAAUUACAAGAUGACACUCCAGUUUUAGGUCUCCAUUUCCAUGUUGUUGGCGAAGGAGUCGUGAGAGUUGGGUCUGGUCGUCAUGAAAGACUCUUUGAUAAAGAAAAUUACAUAGAUUUUAGGAUGCGGUUGCUUGGUGAACCAGGGAAUGGUGCAUCAGUGUUAUCUCCUGGUAUACACAGCUUUCCUUUUAAGCUGGGUCUACCCAUGGGAUUGCCCUCCACAUUCCUUGGAACACAUGGCUGGGUCCAAUACUACUGUAAAGCAGCAUUAAGGGAGCCAAAUGGCUUGACACACAAGAACCAACAGGUUUUCAUAGUUAUGAAUCCAAUUGAUUUAAACAUGGAGCCACCAGUUCUAUCACAACAGUUUGAGUGCAAUGUGGAACACAGAUUGGGUGUGGGAUGUGUUAGCGGCGGUGUGGUUUCCUGCAGCGUAUCUUUAGACCGCGGGGCGUACGUGCCCGGCGAGAGUAUCGUACUUACCGCGCGUGUAAUCAACAACUCGCGCACCACCAUCAAGGCAACACGCGCUGCACUCACUGAGACCAUACAGUACUACGCGCACGGCAAGGUGGCGGCGAAGGAGGUGCGCGAGCUGUCUGCGCGCGCGCACGGCCGCACGCGCGCCGGCGCACGCGACGAGUGGCGCGCCGAGUUGCUGUACGUGCCGCCGCUGCCGCCCACCAACCUGCGCGGCUGCCACCUCAUCAACGUGCAGUACGACGUGUUCUUUAUAAUCGAACCGAAGAGUAUGGAGAAGGACGUGAAGCUGCAGCUGCCGGUGCUGGUGGGCACGUACCCGUUCCGCGGCGAGCACGAGGAGCCCCCCCCCGCGCACUACCCCAGCACGCUGCCCGUGUUCCGGCCCUGGCUGCACGACAAGCCCGCGCACUGACCGCACUCAC